CCCGGUCCAUCUACAUCUAUAUAUAUCGAUGUGUUUUCAUAGAUUUGAAAGUUGUUGGUCAUGAACGUGGAAAGACCGAACAGCUCCAAUUUUUCGUGUUAAAUUUUGUAAUAACAAUCAUUUAUUGCAUUCAAUGACAACAGAUAUCAAAAUCAAUGAGUUCUCUAUACUGUUGUUGAGUUGACAGAAUAUAAAUCCAGUCUCUUUCAAGAAAACUGUGCGGCGAAAAGUUCUAACCUCAAAUUCAAUUACAUUUUCGAAUUUUUAAUACCAUAAACAACAAUAAAACAGAAAAAUGAAUGAUCCAAGUAGCUCAGGGGCCCAAUCAGGAAUGUUAAUACGUGAUGAGUAUGGGUUCCAUGAAACUCCAUCAGGAUUGCCUUCAUCGAAAACACCGGUGUCCAAGUCGGCUUGUUCAAAAUUACCGUCCUCAGCAUUAGAUCCUUCAAAAUCAUCUGCAUCGCAAUGUCGCAGCUCAACAAGAACGUUAAAACGUAAGAGGUUGAAUAAUUCAGCGGUGAAAACGACGUCCAAUCUCCAGCCAUCAGCACCAAAGUCUUCCAGAUCAAGUGUAGGCACGAGAAGUAAAGCCGGAUCGAACGCAACGUUUGAUGAUUUUGCUAUUCCAUCAAUCAUUACACCAGAAACCGUGACAAAAUCAGUGGUUCAACCAGACAGAAUAAAAAAAAAACAAACAGGAUCUAGUGCUUCCUCUGGAGCUGGUCGAAAGAACUCAAAGAACAAAAAUCAAACUCACUUUAACCAUGCACUCAAAGGUCUAGGGAGAUGGAAGCCCACAGACGAUCUAGCUCUCAUCACUGGUGUUGAGCAGACAAAUGACCUCAAAAUAGUGCACAAAGGUACAAAAUUCUCUUGUCACUUCACCCUACAGGAGGUUCAGCACAGGUGGCAUGCUCUGCUUUAUGACAGUGAUGUUUCGAAGCUUGCAGUCCAGGCCAUGAGGAAUUUGCAUCCUGAGGUGAUUGCUAGUGUCCAAUCAAGAGCAUUGUUCAGUAAAGCUGAAGAAUAUCUCCUGGAGACCGUAAAAUUAAUACCUGAGCCAACGUUGGAGGUCUUUCGAAAACUCUUGGAAACAAAUCCCCAGACUUUUCACUCAGCGCGAACAGCUAAAGUCCUGAUGUACCACUGGCAAUUGAUGAAACACUAUCAGUUACUCCCCGAUCAGAGUGUCCAACUUCUCCCAAGUCAUGAUAACGUGGGGAAUUUCUCUGACACUGAAGAUAUGAUAAAUGAUAAAGAAUUGGCUGAUCAGAAGAAAGACUUGUUUAACAUUGAGAUGGCAAUUGCAGACAGGCAUAAUAAAAGGAAAAUAAGAGUAUUGGAGAAUGAACUUAGCAGAUGGCUCGUGCGUGUUGAUAACCUGACAGGGGCUAUCCCACCGGAUUUUGACAAUCAGACAUUGGCAAUACUCAAGGGAAAACUCGUCAAAUAUUGUAUGAAGUCCGAGGAAAUUACUAUUGGCAGAUCAACGAAGGAUCACAGUGUCGACGUAGAUUUAACAUUGGAGGGACCCGCUAGAAAAGUGUCACGACGACAGGCCACAAUUCGUAUGAGAAGUAAUGGGGAUUUUUUCUUAUGUUCGGAGGGGAAACGUCCAGUUUUCGUUGAUGGCAGACCCAUUCUCGCUGGCAAUAAAUUUAAACUCAAGAAUAAUAGUAUCAUAGAGGUCGCGAGUUUUCAAUGUGUAUUUCUCAUAAACCAGGAUUUGAGGUCAGUAAUUCGUCAGGAAUGGGAACGAAAUUUUAAAGCACAAUUGAAACCUUUGAAGUAGAAAAAAUGAAAGUAAUUUUGUUUCUCUACUCCGUCAAGACGAGUCAUCCACUAUUCAGAGCAUUAUAAUCUUUUACUCAUUAUUAUUUCUAUAGUAUUAUUUGAAGAACAGUUUUCACUGCCGUCAGUAUUCGUAAAUUAUUUGUAUGUUAUAAUCUUGCUCAAAUUCUAUGCAGUCGACUGGACCUUUUGUUCCUGCAAAGCGACCGGUGAAAUAUAUGUCGCCACCAGCUUCUUAUCUCAUUUUUCCUCACUAGAAAAAUAGGAAGUAUUUUGAAACAGAAUUAUGCAUUGUAAAUAAUCAAAUCUGUACAUAUUUUUGAUACAAUUUAGUAUAUUUUUUAUAAUAAAAUCUGUAGAUAUCUGUACAAUAAUAAUUAUUUGAAAAGAAAGCAGUUUAAUAAAACAAUACAACUAAUGUAAAAAUGAA